GAGCAAGCAAGUCGCAGCAAUGAAGAAUUGAGUGCGUGCGCGUUCAUGCAAGUCGCAGUCAUGAAGAAUUGAGUGCGUGCGCGUCCACGCGAAGAGCGGUGGAGAAUUCUGGCAAGGGGUGCUUUUCGGCACAACACCGGAAUGUUUUUAUAGUUUCUUAUUUAAUACCCCGUCCAGCUGUUCGCGGUAAUGCACCGUUAACUUUGGAUGCCAACCGCGGUUAAACCUUAAACCCCAUCGAAGAAGAAGUAGAACGCUCCAGCCCAAGUUACACCACCCCAUUCCCGAAAAUGGAUCGCUCCUACAGACAGUGAGUCACGUGGCCUGCUAUAUAAACCAGGCAGACAGGCAGGCAAGCAGCCAGCUAUACUGCUCGAUUGAACGUAACAAUGGGUAAAACGAGUGACCUAAGGGACUUUGAGCGUGGUAUGAUCGUAGGUGCCAGGCGCGCCGGAUCAAGUGUCUCAGAAACGGCCGCCCUCCUGGGCUUUUCACGCACGACAGUUUCUAGAGUUUACCGAGAAUGGUGUGACAAACAAAAAACAUCCAGUCAGCGGCAGUUGUGUGGGCGAAAACAACUAGUUGAUGAGAGAGGUAGAAUGAGAAUGGAAAAAAUCGUGAAAGCUAACAGUCGGGCCACAAACAGACAAAUAACAGCUCAGUACAACAGUGGUGCGCAGAACGGCAUCUCGGAACGCACAACUCGGCGAUCCUUGUCACGGAUGGGCUACAGCAGCAGACGACCACGUCGUGCAAACGAGGAGUGGAAAAACAUCGCCUGUGUAGAUACGGUACGGGAACUUGUCCUUGACAACUGUAGCUCAAAUGAAGGAAAAAUUGAAGGCCUUACAGCAGAAUUUGUCAGUCUGGAAUUCCUCAGUUUGAUAAAUGUUGGUUUAAUCUCUGCCUCCAACCUUCCCAAACUUGAGAAACUCAAGAAGUUGGAACUCAGUGACAACAGAAUCUCUGGUGGCCUUGACGUGUUAGCAGAGAAACUCCCCAACCUCACACAUCUAAAUCUAAGCGGAAACAAACUGAAAGACAUCAGCACGUUGGAACCUUUGGGCAAUUUAAGUUAUCCCAGAGGCUGCUCCAAGACACUACCGGCGGAGAAGAGGUAUUCGGAGUGGACUUCUAGUCCGACUCAUGAGGCGUGCACACCAUUCACCACUUCUGAGUAUAUUACUCGCUAAUGUUCAGUCUCUGGACAAUAAAGUAGACGAGCUCAGGGUGAGGAUCUCCUUCCAGAGAGACAUCAGGGACUGUAACAUACUCUUUCACGGAAUCAUGGCUCUCUUGGGAUAUACUGUCCCUGUCCAUACUGCCAGCUGGGUUCUCAGUUCAUCGUGCAGACAGGAAUAAAGAACUCUCCGGGAAGAAGAGUCGAUGGUGUAUGUUUCAUGAUUAACUACUCAUGGUGUGUUUGUGAUAACAUAGAUACUCAAGUCCUUUUGUUCACCCGACCUAGAAUACCUCAAUCAAAUGCCGACUGUAUUACCUCCCAAGAUAAUUAACUUGGGUUAUAGUCACAGCCGCGUAUAUUCACCCUCAAGCCGAUAUCACAAACUGGAAACUACAUCCCGAGGCCGCAUUUAUUGUAACUGUGGAUUUUAACAAAGCAAAUUUGAACAAAUUGGUACCAAAGUUCUAUCAACACAUUGACUGUAGUACUCGCUUCGGAAAACCACUAGACCACUGCUACUCGCCCUUUCGCAAUGCCUACAAGGCCCUCCCUUCGGCAAAUCAGAUCACGACUCCAUUCCUUCCUAGGAGGCAGAAACUCAAACAAGAAGUACCUGUUUUAAGUUCUAUUCAACGCUGGUCAGACCAAUCAGAAUCCAUGCUUCAAGAUUGUUUUGAUCACGCAGACUGGGAAAUGUUCCGGGUAGCCUCUGAGAAUAACAUUUGACGUAUACACAGACACGGUGGCUGAGUUCAUCAUUAAGUGUAUUGGGGAUGUUGUUCCCGCGGUGACGAUUAAAACCUAACCAGAAACCGUGGAUAGAUGGCAGCAUUCACGCAAAACCGAAAGUGCAAACCACUGAAUUUAACCAUGGCAAGAUGAUUGGGAAUAUGGUUGAAUAAAAACAGUGUAGUUAUUCCCUCCGUAAGGCAAUCAAACAGGCAAAACAUCAGUACAGAGACAGUGGAGUCGCAAUUCAAUGGCUCAGACACGAGCCAUAUGUGGCAGGGUCUAAAGACAAUCACGGAUUACAAAAGGAAAACCACCCACUUCGGACACUGAUGACUUGCUCCCCGACAAGCUAAACACCACCAUCGCCUGCUUUGAGGAUAACACGGUGCCACCGACGCGGCUCGCUCCCUAGGAUUGUGGGUUCUCCUUCUCCGUUGGCUGAG